AUGCGUUGGGAACUUUUCAUGGCGGCAACCCUAGCUGCUCUGGUUCAGUCAACCUCUGCCGCACUGUCAACCCAUAAGGAGGCCAAGCUGAACAUUGUCAAAACCACUGUAGAAGAUGGAAUCACUGUGGAUUGGGUAACUCGCGAAUCACAGGGUGAAAUUUUCACACCUCCCUCAGAACCGCCGGCGGGAGCAGAUAUUGAGGCAUUUGGACGAAACCUAGCAGCUCGUCCUCAAGCCCAGGGCCCCGAGGGAACCGUCCCUAUUGCACGAGUUAACAAUGAUGUUCCAAUGAAGCAGCCCCCCCUUCUUCACACAGAAAACUACUCCAACGCCACUGAGCUUCACGCUCGUGCCAGUGUGAGAUACAAGCACUGGUAUGCGACUGCUUAUCAGAAUAACGAGAAUAUCGGCGGCGGCGCCUUCAUCUCUACCCACAGACCGUUCCUCGAGCGAGAUGGGGACUUCUCCCUUUUGCAGGUUGCUGUUGUCCAUGAGAGAGCUGACCAACCUAACGGCGCGGCUAAGCAAGAUCAAACCGUCGAAGCUGGCUGGACGAACUAUCCUGUUCUUCACAAGGGAGGUCCCAUUCUGUUCGCCUUCUACACCACCAAUGGGUAUCGGGGCCAAGCCGACUAUGUGGGUGGCUACAAUUUCAAGGUCAAGGGCUGGUUCCAACAAGACAGGGAGAUUUACCCGGGCAUGCCUAUUUCUGCCUUCUCCGUUGAAGGAGGCAAACAGGAGGAGAUCGAAAUCAGAUACAAGCUUUUCAACAACUGCUGGUGGCUCUACACCAUGGGCCGAUACAUUGGCUGUUAUCCUACCUCGCUAUUCGCCCGCGAAGGAGUGAAUCCCAAAAACACUCUGGCUACUUCGGCAACCAAUAUCUUGCUGUAUGGGGAGGUCUACAACACCGGCGAGCGGCUUACAACCACUGAUAUGGGCACUGGGCGUCAUGCCAGCGAGGGUUGGAAAUAUGCCGCGUCGAUGAGGGUGAUGAAAUGGGUUGAUACCAAUGGCCAGGAGCAUGAUUGGAGCGGCUUUGUCCACGCAGACGAUCCUGCUCGGUAUUCGAUUAUGCCCAGAUUCCAAUCAGGCUGGCAGGGCUGGCAUAGCCAUAUGUUUCUCGGAGGCCCAGGAGCUGGUUCGGUUGGUGCCUAG